AUGCAAUUUGCAACAAAUAAAGCUCGUUUUGCAUCAAAAAAGUGCAAUACUCCAGUUUCAAAACAACUACAAACAUCAUCUAAAAGAGGAUUUGGCUCUACACCAUCACAUUGUUGUGUUGAUGAUAAUGAAACACUUGACACAAACGUUGUUUCUGUUGAGUUAGGAUUUUUACAACAAGACGUUCCAAUGAGAGUGGGUGAUCCAAUAUUAUGUAGUUAUUGUAAAAGUAGUCUUUCUCAUUUAGAUGGUAUAGAAAACAAUAAAUGGAAAUGUAGGUUUUGUGGAACAGAAAAUGAAUGUGAGAAGAUUUUACCAGAAGAAAUUCCUGAUACACCAAUUCUUGACUAUGUAAUUGAACAAGCUUUGAUUGAAAAACCAGAGAGUGAUGGAAUUAUUGUUUAUUGCAUUGACACAUCAGGGUCAAUGGCUAUUAACAUUGAAGUCACACACGAAAGAAAGUGUUUUACUCGUUUGGAUGUAGUAAAGAAUGCCAUUUGUCAACAAGUUUGUAUUUUAAAAGAAAAACAUCCAAAACAAAAGGUUUGUAUAGUUCGAUUUAGUAAAGAUGUUAAAAUUCUUGGGGAUUGUACAAAACAACCAAUUAUUAUUAAGACUGAAUUAUUAAAUGAUUAUGAUGGUCUUAUUGAUAUUGCUAAGGAAAAGGUUCAAUUAGAUAAUAUUAAUAAUACAAUACAAAAUAUUUUAAAAUCAGUUCAAAAUAUGGAAGAACAGGGGAGUACUGCAUUAGGACCAGCAUUAUUAAUUUCCACUAUUAUUGCUAGUAAAGAACCAAAUGGUCAAGUAAUUUUAUGUACUGAUGGAACUUCAAAUUGUGGAUUAGGGAAUUUAGAAGAAACAAAUGAAGUGAGUCAAAAGUUUUAUCAAAAAAUUGGGGAAUUAGCAUUACAAAAUGGGGUUGUUAUUAAUGUUAAUACAUUAAAAGGAUGUGAUACCAAUAUGCAAAUAAUUGGAGAAACAGCAGUUAAAAGUUCAGGAGAAGUUAUGAUUGUAGAGCCAAGUCAAAUUGGAGAAGCAUUUAAUGAAGCAUUAUCUAAUAAUUUAAUUGCAACAGAUGUAAUUAUUUCAAUAUUUUUACAUCCAGCUAUUUACAUUAAUAAUUUUUCAGAAUCAGAACAACCAAGUAGAAGAAGAGUAGUGUUAGGAAAUGUUAUGGAUGAUUCAAGAUAUCAAUUUAAGUAUGGAUUAAGACCUGGUGAAGACAUUCAACAAUUUGGACAAAUGAAAAAUUUCCCUAUUCAAAUACAAAUUGAAUAUAAAAAGAAGAAUGGAUUGAAAGGAGUUCGUGUAUUAACUCAAACAAUUGAUAUUGCUGAUGAAUCUGAAGAGUUACAAAUUGAUGGACAAAUUUUACAAACAUUUUAUAUCCAACAAACUGCUCAAAUGAGACAUGAAGGUAGAACUGAUGAAGCAAGAAGAAAUCUUCGUCAAUUCCAACAAGCACAACAAAUUUCUUUUGUUCCAAUGCAAGGAAUAUAUAGAGAAUAUGCUGAAGAGAUGGAAAGUGCUAUGGAUCAACAUAAUGAUUAUUCUUCAUAUAUUUUCCAAAAUGCUACAAAUACUUGGAAUGAUAAAAGAGCUUCUAGAUUUAAGAAAUUUUCAAAGAAGUAA